AUGUCUCUAUCACAGAACUACCGUUUGUCUCAAAUGGCGCCCUUGCCUCCGAUUAAAAGGGUGACACUUGGGAAGACCAUUGGCCAUGGUGGUUUUGCAAUAGUGAAAAUUGCAGAAACAAAGAGUGAAAAUCCAAGGCAUGUUGCUAUCAAGUUUGUAUAUCUUCCAUUUGCAAAGGAAAAGGGCCUGUCAGAGAAAGAAAUUGCAAGAGAGGCAUAUAUCCAAAGACAGGUUCCGCAUCAAAAUAUUAUUAAGAUGUACGAUUUUGCAUAUAACAGUGAUUGGGCAUGGAUAGCAUUAGAACUGGCUGAAAAUGGAGAACUCUUCGAUAAGAUUGAGCCCGACUUAGGUGUGGAUCAAGAUGUUGCUCAUUUUUAUUUCACGCAGCUUAUACAUGCCGUUUCCUUUUUACACUCUAAAGGUGUUGCACAUCGAGAUAUUAAGCCUGAAAAUUUGGUCUUGGACUUACGUGGUAAUCUGAAAUUAACGGAUUUUGGAUUGGCUGUGGUUUUUCAGAAAAAGACCGGACCUAAGAGAAAAUGCAAUAAGCCUUGUGGAUCACCCCCAUAUGCAGCACCCGAGAUUGUGACUGAGAACUAUGACCCAGCACUUUGUGACAUAUGGUCAUGUGGAAUUGUGUUAUUUGUUUUACUCACAGGGAAAAUUGCAUGGGAAAUGCCUGUUAUGCAAGACAGUGAUUAUGCCUACUUUGUUCGAAACAAGGGAGAAAUAUUAGUUAGUCCUUGGAAUAAGAUAGAUCUAGGUGCACUGAGCUUACUGAGGAAGAUCCUUGUCCCAAAUGUGAAGGAUCGGAUUAGUAUAGAAAAAAUCAAACAACAUCAAUGGAUGCUUAAAGAUAGAGGCCUGCUAGACUCUAGAGGUAUGUGCAAAGAUCCUAAUAAAUUAACUGCCAGGUUGCUGGUAAAUCUUUAUAUUAACAUGGGUGACAAUGAGUUCAAAAAGGUUACUGAAUACUCGAAUACACAGAAGAGUAAUAGUAAGAGACGCAUGGAUACACAACCUACGCAUAUCAACAUUGUUGAUGAUUUAACCGAUAGUUCAAAGAUACAUGUUGAUAAUUAUUCUAUAUCACAACAGCCAUACACUGAAAGUAGCAAAAGAAAGAAGCUGAAAAACACAAGCGAUUUAAAGCACCAAAGAGAGCUGGAAUUAAUCGCCAUGGACCCUGCAAUUUUGCAAUUUUACAGACAAGAAGAUGAUAUUGAUGUGAACACUCGUCAUAAAACAAUUGAUAAAGAGAUCUCGAAAUACACAGAACAGAUAAGAAAGCAUCCAGAACUUUAUGCUGAUAACAUGACAAGGUUCUUCUCUUUUGCCGCUUUGGACACGAUUAUUUCCUUGUUGACUGAAUCGUUAGUUCAAUUAAAUAUUAUUGAGGACGACGAAGAUGAUGAAUUGAAGCAAAUGACGCAGGAAGUGAUCAACAACAAAAAGUACGAGGGUGUAAUACGGUUUAAGAUUGAAUUCAUUGACGAUUACAACAGUCGGCUAGUUGGUGAUAUUGUCGUUGAUAAGGUUGCUGAUAACCUAGUAGCCAGAAAGAUUGAAUUUAUUCGUAAAUUGGGGGAUCCGUUAGAAUGGAGACGUUUCUUCAAACGAGUUACAAUAUUAUGCAGAGAUGUUGUUUACUAUCCAGAGUAG